CAAAAUAUGGUUUUACAAAGCCAAAACUUAUCACUGAACGAGGGGGCACCUGGUACCAUCGUCAGUGAACAAAUGGACCACGACUUGUUGGAGAGGGCACCUGGUCCUCUACCCGACAAGCCGGAGGAAAUGGACAUUCCACUUAGCCAAGAGUCGGCUGGGAUGUCUAUCUCCUCGGAACAGGAGAGAGAUCUUCUGGAGCCUGGUCUAACUAAAAAGACUCAAACGAGGGUGAAGCUAUCCGGCGCUGGACGCAAAAGGUUGAAGGCUUUACUUGCCAAGGGCAUCCCGCUGGAAACAGCAAGGUCCUUGGCAGUAAAGCCGGCCACUGCGACUAACGAAGGGCAGGCAACACCAAAAAGAUCCCGAUCGGACAGCUCUACACCAACAUCAAGCUCAAAACCGACAAAGCGGAUUGCACUACAGGGCAAGAAAGUUGAUAAUAAAUCAACAGUGCCUGCAACUGCUUUGCCGAUUUUCAGUAGGAUGAAGGAAGUAGAGACCUCACACGGGGGCAAACCUGGUCCCAGUAAAGAGGUGGCGACGGUAUCUGUGGGGCAGGCUGAACACAGUACUUCUUCCGAAGACCAUUGUUCAAAGCCUACCCUAGCAGAGACUGUUCGCUCUAAGAAGAUCGGUAUACUACCGCACAAUUUCCCAGAGGGCAUUUGGUCCAAUGAGGAAAUUGGCAAGGUGCAGAAAUGCAUCCUCGACAAGAUGUACGAAACUUGUCGAGCUCCUGGGGUGAAGCCUCAUUUCGCCGGUUACAGUCUAAAGCCCGGAUGGUUUACCAUUAACUGUCUGGACGACGAGACUGUAACUUGGUCUAAAGAGACAAUCCCAGCCUUGAAGCCGUGGGAAGGAGCCCAGCUGAAGGUAGUGGACGAGGCAGAAGUGCCAAAGUCUGAAAUCUAUGUUGGCUACUUCCCAGGCUCAGCUUCCUGGCAAAGCGACCGUAUUCUGGGACAAAUUGAGUGCCAAAAUUCGGGCAUGCGUGUCAGGGACUGGCGGGUACUCCACAGGCUCAAUAAGGGCGACAUCGUCGAGAUGGCGAUUGCUCUGGAUCCUAUGUCGUCCGAAAUGGUCGGAAAGCUGGGCAAUAAAGUCUUCUAUGGACUUAGCAGUGCCGUGCUGAGACCAAGACAUAAAGGAAACAGAGCAAAGGAAGUGGUUGAAGAUGAGCGACCAACAACAUCUGCGGCUUGUGCUCAGUCAAGCAACCAGAAGCCGAAAACGGGUCUCAAUUCCGGGGGACCACCCUUGAGAGGGGGCAGAAUCCGUGCCCAGGGCCGAAAACCUUCCGCUCUCUCUGGUCGUCUGAGGAAAUGGGAAAGAAAAGACCCGGAGGCCGCGGAAUUGCUGCGCGGUACGAAGGGCGGCAAGGUCCGCAAGGGCCAGUCUGGGAUAUAAUGUCCCGGACUCCGCCACAUCCGCAAAACUCUUGGAGGCAACUUCAUUGCCUCCAAAUCAACCUCCACCGGGCUAUAGCAGCUUCAUACAGGCUCAGUGCCCUGGUGGAACAACACUGUCUGGAUUUUGUGGCCAUCCAAGAACCAUGGGCCACAAAGGGGCGCAUAAACGGUCUACAGACAAAAACGUAGCUCAUACAGCGUGAUCUGGUGGCGGUACAGGCAGAAGUGCCUAGUACUAGGGGGACGAGAAUAAUAGUUUUUGCAUCUCUGUACCUCCCUGGCGACGCAGAGGAAGCGGUGUCUCUCGAGCUCCAGCAGCUUACAGAAUACUGCCGUAUCCGAAACCUACAGUGGGUAAUGUGCUGCGACGCCAACGCACACCAUACAGUAUGGGGAAGCACAGACAUCAAUACACGAGGUGAGUCACUUUUUGAUUAUAUCACAACUAACAAUUUAAUGGUAGUUAAUA